GUUUUCGCAUAUCGAUAAGCGAUAGCCCGCCGAUUGUCCGUUGUUUACACGUGCAGCCAGGUUUUUGUGUAAUUUUCUAAAUAUUUAGAGCAUUUAGCAACUCCAAGAUGCCGCCCAUUGCCCAGGAGGGCAAUUGCCUGAUUUACCGCGGCAGCAACUUCCUCAAGCAGCGGUUAAUCCUCUCCUGCCUGUCCGGCAAACCGGUGAAGAUCACCCUAAUCCGCUCGGAGGACGAGAUGCAGCCCGGUUUGAGGGAAUACGAGAUAAGUUUGAUCCGGCUGCUGGACAAGAUGACCAAUGGCACCAAGAUCGAGUUGAAUCCCGCCGGCACGAGUGUCAUGUUCACGCCGGGUUUACUGCACGGCGGACAGAUCCAUCAUGAUUGCUGUGUGCAGCGUGGGAUUGGCUAUUACUUGGAUGCCCUGAUUGCCCUGGGUCCGUUCUGCAAGAAUUCGCUUAACGUCACUCUGCGUGGCGUGACCAACAGCAAGGAUUCGCCAUCGGUGGACCACAUCAAGGGUGCCGCCUUGUCGCUGCUCAAACGAUUCCUCCUGGUCGACGAGGGCCUCGAACUGAAAGUCAUUCGCCGGGGAGUCGCUCCCCUGGGCGGCGGCGAGAUCUUGUUUCGCUGUCCGGUGCGCAAGAGCCUGCGAGCCAUCCAGUUCCAAUCGCAGGGCAUGGUCAAACGCAUACGGGGCACCGUUUACGCCUGCAAAGUCUCGCCCGCCCUGGCCAACCGCACCGUGGAGGCUGCCAAGGGAUGUAUGCUCAAAUUCCUGCCGGACGUAUAUAUCUACACGGAUCAGAACAAGGGCAAGAUGUCGGGUAAUUCCCCGGGAUAUGGAAUCUGCCUGAUUGCGGAGACCACAGACGGCGUGUGCUUCGCCGCCGAUUGCAACUCGAACACAAGGGAGGAGUCGGACACCCCUUCCAUACCCGAGGAUUUGGGCAAGGAGGUGGCCAUGCGUCUGCUGGACGAGAUUUAUCGCGGUGGCUGCGUGGAUUCCAGCUACCAAUGGCUGGCAGCACUCUAUAUAGCCCUGGGACAAAAGCACGUCUCCAAAUUCCUCACGGGUGCUCUUUCAACUUACACGGUUUACUUUCUGCAACACCUGCGCGACUUUUUCUCAAUCACCUUUAAGUUGGAGAAUCCCGAGGCGGAGGAUGAGGACGAAGCGGGGGAUGUGCGAGGUGCCCAGAAGGUCCUUAUGGCUUGUGUCGGCAUUGGCUACACGAACAUUAACAAGCGGGUUACAUAAACUGUUUACUUGGCUGCCACUUUUAGGAAUAAAUGUAUUUUUUUAUGACAAAUGAAAA